CCGUUACUAAUAAUGGCUUCUCAUAGCCAGAAUGUGACGAUUCUUUGCUUGAGAAUAAAUUAAAAUCUUCUUGGCUCCCUGCUCUUAAUUCGAUCACCUACCUACCACCACUGUGGAUUAUCAAUCGUACUUUAAACCUCCCGUCUUACCCAAGUUACAGUACGUUGGCAACAAUCUUCUACAGCCUUGGCUGGAAACACUCCCUUUGUCAUUGUAUCCCCCGAGAUAACCAUGAUUAUUCCCCAAUCUGCGGAGCACCGGGACUGCGUAGUGUCUGAUCGCGGCGGUAUCGUCGAGAAUACGCACCUCAUCCAUGUCGCUGUAACAGACGCAAGCGGCCAGAUUCUGUUUGCAGUUGGGAAUCCUGCCCGAAUUACUCUUGCACGGUCAACUGCGAAGCCUAUACAGAUUUUGGCCUUACUUGAAACCAAGGGCUUUGAAAGGUUUGGCUUCAGCGAUGCGGACAUUGCAUUAAUGUGCUCGUCUCACAGCAGCGAGGAAAGUCAUAUCACACGAGGCACCGAAAUGCUGGUCAAGGUAGCGGCCAGUGAGAAGGACCUUCGUUGUGGCGGCCAUCCGGCUCUUUCUGAAGCUGUGAACAGGGACUGGAUCAGGCGAGACUUCGUUCCGGGUGCUCUUUGCAAUAACUGCUCAGCCAAACACAUUGGCAUGUUGGCCGGUGCAAAGGCCAUUGAUCCCGAAAACGCUGAGAAUUAUCAUGAGGGAGACCAUAUGAUGCAGCUCUGCGUAAAGGCUGUCUUUGAGGAGGUGGCGGGCCUUGAAUCUAAGGAUAUCAAAUGGGGAAUCGACGGCUGCAAUCUACCCACUCCUGCUCUCCCCCUACAGGACCUCAGCUAUCUGUAUGCUGUUUUGGCGGAUGCAGCAGACUCGCCCAAAGGGACUGAUUCUCUAGAGUCUGGCCGUAAGGAGAAGCUGGCACGUAUCUACCGCGCCAUGUGGCAGUACCCAGAGAUGGUAGCUGGACAGGGACGAUUCUGCACAGAGCUCAUGCUCCAGUACAAGGGAGGGCUUGUUGGAAAGCUUGGUGCAGAUGGCUGCUACGGCAUAGCGGUUAAAGAGUCGGAGCAAACCAGGAACCUGGGGGCUAGGGGUGGACUUGGGAUUGCUGUCAAGGUUGAGGAUGGCGAUAGUGAGAUUCUAUACGCUGUGGUGGUGGAGGUUCUAGAGAGGCUCAAAGUCGGCAGCUCGAAACAACUGGAGAACUUAGAUGUGUUUCAUCACUUGACUCGUGUUAAUACGGCGGGUGUCGUGACGGGGAGAGUAUCACUGGAUUUCCGUCUCAAUUCAUGCUAGAUAGACCUUCAGGGGGGAUUUUUCGUAUCUUCCAAGAUUUAUAAAACGUUCUUCUCGUACGAUAUUUACAGCACG